CUCUAUUUAGUUUGUAAUAAUGAGCUUUUUUUCAACAGCUCAACCAGUCAGUCAUCUUGUCCAGUUUAAUGCUGGAAAGUGUAUCCGCCGAGAUAAUAUGCUUGCACCCGAUGUCCGUAAGGGCACCAUUUAUAUGGAUCAAAGCGACGACCAGUUGAUGCAUUUCUACUGGAAAGAGCGCAAAGCCAGUACCGCUGAAGAAGAUCUCAUCAUUUUCCCUGAAGAAGCAGAAUUGGUUAAAGUCGAGGAAUGUACUACUGGUCGUGUGUAUCUGCUCAAGUUUAGAUCCUCGAACCAAAAGCUGUUCUUUUGGAUGCAGGACAAAAACGAAGACAAGGACAAGGAACUUGUUGAACGUGUGAACCAGUUGAUCAACGAUCCACAAAGUUAUAUGGAUUCUGCAGGUGAUUUAGACUUUGGAGGUGAAUCUCCUUCAGACCUCCUGCAGAUUCUCGGUGAUGGUCAUGAUAUCAAUAUGACACAAGAAAACUUGUUGCAAUUCCUUCAGUCGGCUGGAAACCUGGGUCUAUCAUCCCCUCUCCAGGCUGACGGUCUUCCGGAUGCCUUGAUGUCCGGUCUCCGUGGAGAAAACGGAACUCUUUCUGAAGCUAACCUUGCAGAGCUGCGUCGAGUUAUGGAGCAAACCAGAGAAGCAGAGGGCGAGCCUCAGGCACUCCGAUUGACUACUAGCGAUGCAGUAUCCCCUGAAGCUCUUUUUCCUCUCUUAAAAUACGAUGCUAUGCGAUUGGCCUUGUUCCCCUUUGUUCGCCAGAGCCCUAGUUCGACAGAAGAAGUUCGUCAAAUUUCACAAAGCACAGAUUUCUAUCAUGCUCUUUAUACAUUAAAUGCUGCAUUAGCCAAUGGAGAUCUUGACCAUCUUGCCACUCGAUUGGAGGCAGAAGAUCACAACAUCGAGUCAUUCUUGCGUGCUCUGGAAAGACAAGCAAAGCGUCAAGAAGAGGAUGAUGAUGCUAUGGACGAAUAUGAAUAAAAUAUAUAUAUGAACUGCCUUAG